UCAUUCGUUGGCAGCUAACAUGGGAAAAAACAUCUUUUCUAGUUUUAAGACAAAGUGGGGUCUUACCAAAGUGGUCAGAAAUGGGUCUUUAGUAAAAUUUUUUGUUGUCAAAAACCCAUCUGGAGUAGCAUCUGAGUUAAGUGUGCACACUUGUGAGUAUGGGUGUAUGUUUUCUUUAAAACUUUUUUUUCCUGUUUGCACCUUCACCCUGUCUCCUUCUACCCUCAGGUAAAACAAAAUCAACAUGAAGAGCUACAGAAUAUAUUGAUGAAGACUUUAAACGAGAACUUCGAAACCUGGUUCCAUUGCUGCUUGCACCUGAGAAUUUGGUAGAAAAAGAGAUAAGUGGAUCUAAAGUCACUUGUAGAGAUCUUGUAGAAUACUUUAAGGUAGGAAAACUCCCACAUUAAAUGACUUUGUCUCAGAAAUAUAGCUGACUUAAAACUCAUAUGUAUGUUUAUAAAGCAGAAAAGUGAAAUUUAUAGUUUUUCUGUUUUGAAUUGGCUAGAUCAAUUUUUAAGGAUAUAUAAAAUAAUAGCAGACAACUUGUAUCUCUUAGACAGUGAUUUUGCUUGUUUAUGGAAUUACCUACUUUUUCUCCAGCUCUGAUACAGAGAGAAGACCAUUCAACAUAUAAUUGUCAUACCACUCUCACUUGUGAAUGAUGAUAGAUAUUGGGAGUGCAGUUCUGCAUCUUGAGUUCUCAUAAAAGCCUUCUCUCUGAGUUCUUGAGGACUUGAUAAGAGCAGCUGAAAGUACAAAACUGGUUUCUGAGUUCAAGCUUACAUUAAAAUUUAUCAAGGAGAGGAACUUCCACAUCCAAAGUCCAUGCUUCAGGCAACAGCUGAAGCUAAUAAUCUUGCUGCAGUAGCAGGAGCAAGAGAGAUCUACUGCAAAAGUAUGGAGCAGGUAUGUGGUGGGGACAAGCCUUACAUUGCACCUUCAGAUCUGGAGCGAAAACACCUGGAUCUCAAGGAAGUGGCGAUUAAACAGUUUCGUUCAGUAAAAAAAAUGGGUGGAGAUGAAUUCUGCCAUCGUUAUCAGGACCAGCUUGAAGCUGAAAUUGAAGAAACCUAUGCAAAUUUUAUAAAGCACAAUGAUGGCAAAAAUAUCUUCUAUGCUGCUCGUACUCCUGCCACACUGUUUGCAGUCAUGUUUGCUAUGUAUAUAAUCUCAGGACUGACUGGCUUCAUUGGCCUAAACUCUAUAGCCGUCUUGUGUAACCUUAUCAUGGGGUUAGCACUGACAUCUCUUUGUACUUGGGCAUAUGUAAAAUACUCUGGGGAGUUCAGAGAAAUUGGAACAGUGAUUGAUCAGAUUGCUGAAACUCUAUGGGAACAGAGGAGUCCCAGGAAGGUGUUUUCCAAACUGUUUGAAGUUACUAGACGUCGAAUGGUCCAUCGUGCUCUUUCAUCAGCACAGCGACAGAGACUGUCAUCCAACAAUAACAAGAAGAAAAAUUAGACAGUAUUUUUAACUUUUAUCUCUAUCUGAAGUGUUCCCACUUAUACAUGUAGGACAAUAAGCAGGACCGUCUGGGCCGGUCUGCAUAAAUGCUGUAUACUUACCAGAUUUGAUGCUGCAUAUAGGGUAUGGAAUCGCACAUCCGUCUCCUAGGAAUUGUAAAUGGUUUGAAUAGGACGAAAGUAGUUUAUGUUGCAUUAUCAAGUGUCUAACUGCGUUAUUUGUAGCAUCAUAACUUUCUUUGGGAGAAGCAUCUUUUUAUUUCCCACGUUCCUGGUUAUUUUCUUCAUUGCUUUGAAUUGAAUUUUUAUAUCUAUUUUUAUAUGUAACUCUUUUUUUACCUCAUGUUUUUAUUUGUUUUGCGCAUUUCUCAUACCACAGGUAUUGAAGCCUCUGGGUGAUAAUUUGAUGGAGGAAAACAUAAGGCAGUCUGUAACAAACUCUAUCAAAGCAGGCCUGACUGACCAGGUGUCUCAUCAUGCCAGAUUAAAGACAGACUGACAGUUCGUCUCCUCAUGGACUCCACUCUCCCUUUUUUUCAUGCUUGCUGUACAAUGAGAACUCAAAUAAAAAUAAACCAAAGUUUACAAUCAACUGUAGAAGUAGUUUAGUAUAACUGGCUUCACAGAGGGCUGCCACAGAGUGUGAAAAUUGUUUGUUGGUUUUAAACAUUCUGUUCUUGGCUCCUAAGACAUGGAGAUUGGCUGAGGAGCAUUAGUUUAUCAUGCACAUUUGUGCCAUGUUUCUUUUAUUUUUUUUUUCUUUUAAUCUAACGGUGGUGAAAUUUGUCUUGUGUACAAGGAUAUUUCAGGGAAGUAUUUUAAGAAGUCUAUUCAGAGUCUCUUUAACACCAGUGUCCCAUUGAAAUUUUAAUUUUUCGUGAAGUUAUGAAUCACUGUAUCAAGAACCAGAUCAGAAGACAAUGAAGCCUUUAUCGAGCCACUACAUGAAAAGUACAUGUUGCUUUACUGCCUUCAAUACCAGUAUUACAUACGUGCAUGUAUCAGAAAUUUCACGGAAAUUACAUGACAACUCUCGUAGCUAAGAAAGUGAUUCUGAGGUGUACAUUUGUCUUGCCUUUUUAAAUUUAUAAACCUGCCCUAAAAGGAGAUGCAUAUCUGGGAAACUGAACUGUCUUUAUGCAGUUUAGCCUUCAUGUACAUAAAAUAUGCCAUUAAUUUUAUUGGGGGAGAAGUUCCAUCCAAAAAUGUUGCCUACAGCUAUGAGUUAAGAGUGUCUGUACAGUGUGUAGCUUUUAUUUUCUAAAAUCACAGAUAGGGCAUGUAUAUGAAUUAUAAAUAUAUAAAUACGAUUUUGUAUUAAAAGUUUUGUAGUUUAUGGCAAAAUCUGGUUCUGUGGUAGGCUAAGUACAGUCCCUGUGAAGGAAUGUUUGUGGCUCAUGUCAGUGUGUGAAUGCAUAGACAAUUUGAAGUUUUUGAUAUAUUUGUGAUAUUUAUCUUCCUUGAGCACUGCAAUCUCACCUCCCCUCCCCCACCAAGGGAAGUCAAUGGGAAUGUUUAUUGUGACUUUGUCCUCUGUUGCAUUUUAAAGUUAUUUCCUGUAAUUUAUUUUCAGUACAUAAUUAAAAAUUUGUUGUAUAUAUAAAAUGAAACUUGUGAUUCUUUUUUAAGGAAUCCCUCAAGUAUGUAUUCCAUUACAUAAACCAUGUUUGUUUAUACUGAAAAGAGCAUGAGCAGGAAAACACCCACGUGAGAGCUCUAAGGUAUUGUACCCAAAGCUAAGCUUGUAAAAAUUAUUUUUCUUUGUCUGUCUCUGUUAGGGAAAACUUGUGAUUAGCCUAGGUGUAGCUGGGGAUUUGUUAAUUUCUUUUCUCCCUCUUUCUCUCACUUUUUUUUUUUUUUUUUUGUGGUAUAUGUAAGGCUAACAUUUUUGCAAUAUUUUUGUAGCCUUCUUUAUAGACACCUAUUAUUAAAGCACCUAGUUUGGUUUUUAAGUGAAGAAAAUUCAGAUGUUGAGUUGCAUGCCUGAAAGCUCUAAAUUUACUUCGGUUGGUAUAAUCUUCUCCCCUCCUCCUUUCAAGUCCUGUUUUUAUAUGGAUUGUAUUGUUUCCAUCUGUAUUAAAUUGCUACCGACUCAUCUGUUCUUAAAACAUAAAGAAUCAACUUGAAAA